GAGAUAGCUCUUGGCAGAUGUUGGAAGCCAGAAGAGAGUGCAGUAGGAAGGUUUUUCCCUGCAGUCGGGCCACUGAGCAGCCCGGGACCCCCUUCGACGGUCCCAGCCAAACUCCGUGUCGUUCUGCUGACGCUGCCACCGAGGAAAUUCUUGUACUACUAGCCAUGGUCAACCCUACCGUGUUCUUCGACAUUGCCGUCGACGGCGAGCCCUUGGGCCGCGUCUCCUUCAAGCUGUUUGCGGACAAGGUUCCAAAGACAGCAGAAAAUUUUCGUGCUCUGAGCACUGGAGAGAAAGGAUUUGGUUAUAAGGGUUCCUGCUUUCACAGAAUUAUUCCAGGGUUUAUGUGUCAGGGUGGUGACUUCACACGCCAUAAUGGCACUGGUGGCAAGUCCAUCUAUGGGAAGAAAUUUGAAGAUGAGAACUUCAUCCUAAAGCAUACAGGUCCUGGCAUCUUGUCCAUGGCAAAUGCUGGACCCAACACAAAUGGUUCCCAGUUUUUCAUCUGCACUGCCAAGACUGAGUGGUUGGAUGGCAAGCAUGUGGUCUUUGGCAAAGUGAAAGAAGGCAUGAAUAUUGUGGAGGCCAUGGAGCGCUUUGGGUCCAGGAAUGGCAAGACCAGCAAGAAGAUCACCACUGCUGACUGUGGACAACUCGAAUAAGUUUGACUUGUGUUUUAUCUUAACCACCAGACCAUUCCUUCUGUAGCUCAGGAGAGCACCCCUCCACCCCAUUUGCUCGCAGUAUCCUAGAAUCUUUGUGCUCUCGCUGCAGUUCCCUUUGGGUUCCAUGUUUUCCUUGUUCUCUCCCAUGCCUAGCUGGAUUGCAGAGUUAAGUUUAUGAUUAUGAAAUAAAAACUAAAUAACAAAAAAAAAAAAAAAUA